AUGUCGGUGAUUGAGGCUGGCCUAUCGACAGUGGUUCUGGACCCGCUUUCUUUUUCACUUUCGUUUUGCCUCGCUUUCAUUCAAAGUUGUGGACUGCUUUCAAAAUCGCACGAACAAUUUGUUACACUUUCGAAACAACGAUAUCCUCUGCUGCUGUUGAAGAAGAAACGUGUGCUUGAACGUAACAGAACUCCGUAUAACGAGUUUCCACUGACUUUCAAUUUUUCCAUAGCUGCACGCGGCACAGCAAGGAAAUCAUUAUCGCCAGAGAGCUUUUCAAAAUUUUCCAUCGUUCUAUCUUUCAUGAUACCCGCUCAGCCUUCUUGUUUUUACGAGAGCUACGAAGAAGAAGAUAUGAACGGGAGUCAACAAGGUCUAGUUUGA